AUGGACUCAGCCACGGUCAUCAGAAAACUGAAAAGUCAUUACGCAAGAUAUGGUAUUCCAUCAACAGUUGUAUCAGACAAUGGACCACAGUUUGCGUCAGAUAAAUUCAAAGACUUUGCCAAGACAUAUCAGUUUGACCAUAUCACUUCGAGUCCAGGGUAUUCCCAAUCAAAUGGGAAAGCAGAAAGUGCAGUCAAAACCGCAAAACACAUCAUGGGAAAAGCAAAGAUCACUGGGUCAGACCCAUGGCUUUCACUGUUGGAUCACAGGAACACGCCAACAGCAGGAAUGCAACCUAGCCCAGCACAGCGACUGAUGAGUAGAAGAACCAGAACUCUUCUACCUACCACUGCAAAGCUACUGAAACCUCAGAUAACAGUCGAUGUUUUUCAGGAACUAGCAACACGACAAGCAAAGCAAGCCCAUUACUAUAACAAAACAGCAAAGGAUCUGCCUCGCCUACAACCUGGUCAAGCUGUCCAAAUACAACUACUCAACGCUUACGACCACAAAUGGAAACCAGCAACCGUUCAGAGACAAGUAAACAUCCGAUUCUAUGAUGUCACUACAGAAGACGGACGACUUCUUCGCAGAAAUAGAAAACAUCUACGAGCAGCACCAGCAACAACAAAACCCAAACAACAGACAACACAGAUAAAGACAUUACAGCAAAGCAGAAUAACACCCGCAACGAUCUUCAAACAAACAGAAACAACGAAUGUCGCCCGCAGCAAACGAGUUGUGAAACAACCUGCUUACCUAAAGGAUUACGUUGUCUAG